AUGGCGGAAGUAGUGGGCCAGGCGGCAGACUUUUCACCUACUUGUCCACCUGUACAAAUAUCUGAGAGAAUAGAUUGCAUUCCAGAUCAAGUGGCAACAAAGGCCCUAUGCACAGUCCGCGGCUGCUGCUGGAACCCUCAAAAUGAAACAUAUAUUCCCUGGUGCUACUUUUCUAGCAGUCAUGGGUACAAAGUGGUGGGAGGCCAGAAAGAAACAAACUACGGAUUUGAAGCUAAACUCAGAAGGCUGCCUGCACCAUCCCUCUUUGGAAAUGAUAUUAACAAGCUUCAACUCACUGCUGAGUAUCAGACAGCAAACCGCUUCCGGUUCAAGAUUACAGAUCCUAACAAUAAAAGAUAUGAAGUUCCACAUCCGAAUAUUAAGUCCUUUGAGGGACCUAAAGCUUCUGAUACAAAUUACGGGGUUAGCAUCACUACAAACCCUUUUAGCAUCAGCGUGGUCAGGAAGAGCAACAACAAGGUUCUGUUCAGUACUGAUAUAGGACCACUAGUGUAUUCUGACCAGUUCUUGCAGCUCUCAAUCAGAGUGCCUAGCUGGAAUCUUUACGGUGUGGGAGAACACGUCCAUAGACAGUACCGACAUGAUUUUAACUGGAAAACAUGGUCCAUCUUUACCCGGGAUGCUCUGCCUGACACUAAUCUAUAUGGAGCUCAGCCUUUCUUCUUGGUCCUAGAAGGUACAAGUGGAGAGUCCUUUGGUGUUUUCUUUCUGAACUCCAAUGCCAUGGAGUUUUUUCUCCAGCCUGCUCCAGCUGUAACAUACAGAACCGUUGGCGGAAUCCUCGAUUUCUAUGUCUUCCUGGGAAACACUCCAGAGCAAGUUGUCCAAGAAUAUCUAGCUCUCAUUGGACUUCCACGGAUGCCUGCCUAUUGGAAUCUUGGAUUCCAGAUCUGUCGCUGGAAUUAUAGUGAUAUUAAUGAUCUGAAAGCUGUGAUAGCCAGGAAUCGGGCCGCUGGAAUCCCUUAUGAUGUUCAAUACACCGAUAUUGACUAUAUGGAAGACAAGAAAGACUUUACUUAUGACAAAAUAGGCUUUGCAGACCUGCCAGACGUCGUUAAGGACCUUCAUGAUCAUGGACAGAAAUAUGUCAUAAUAUUGGACCCUGCCAUUUCUGUUAAUAAUCUCCGCAAUAAUACUCCAUAUGAACCCUAUUUAAGAGGUGAAGAAAUGAAAGUGUGGGUAAAUAAUUCAGAUGGAAAAACCCCUCUUCUUGGAGAGGUAUGGCCUGGAGUAACAGUCUUCCCUGAUUUCACCAAUGACGUUGCCGUGUCCUGGUGGGUUGAAGAGUGUCGGUUAUAUCAUGACAUCAUCAAGUAUGAUGGGCUGUGGGUUGACAUGAAUGAAAUAUCCAGUUUUGUUAAAGGUUCAAAAAGUGGCUGUGAAGUAAACAGUCUAAAUUACCCACCUUUCACUCCAAAAAUUCUUGAUGGAGUCAUGUAUUCAAAGACACUUUGUAUGGAUGCAGUGCAGAAGUGGGGCAAGCACUACGAUGUCCACAGCCUCUACGGACUUUCCAUGAGCAGUGCUACUGAUAAUGCUCUCGAGAAGGUUUUCCCUGGAAAAAGAAGCUUCCUCCUUUCUCGAUCUACUUUUGCAGGAUCUGGAAAUCACACAGGCCAUUGGUUGGGAGAUAAUUUUUCCACCUGGAAUGAUAUUAAAUGGUCCAUACAGGGAAUACUAGAAUUUGGCCUCUUUGGAUAUCCUUUCAUUGGUGCUGACAUUUGUGGAUUCCUUGAUGAUACCACUGAAGAACUUUGCAGACGGUGGUUGCAGCUUGGAGCGUUUUAUCCAUUUUCUAGGAAUCACAAUGGAGAAACCCCUCCACCUCAAGAUCCGGCAUAUUUUGGGCAGAACUCUCUUUUGGUGAACUCAACCAAGCACUACCUGACCAUACGCUAUACCUUGUUGCCAUAUCUCUACACCCUCUUUUACAGAGCACAUAGCAAGGGAGACACAGUUGCAAGACCAGUUCUACAUGAGUUCUACUCAGAUGAAGCCACCUGGACUAUUGAUAGGCAGUUUCUGUGGGGACCUGGGCUGCUUAUUACUCCAGUGCUGGACCCGGGUGUGGAUACAGUGAAUGCUUAUAUUCCUGAUGCUGUGUGGUAUGAAUAUGAGACAGGCGCGAGUGCAGUUUGCAGAAAAAAAUACUGCCAGAUGUAUCUCCCAGCAGACAAAAUAGGACUUCAUCUCAGAGGAGGCUAUAUCUUCCCUACUCAGAAACCAGCAAACACAACAGUUUACAGCCGUCCAAACCCAAUGGGACUCAUAAUUGCCUUAGAUGAGCAGGGUCAAGCAAGUGGAGAAUUAUUCUGGGAUGAUGGAGAAACCAGAGGCACAGUGGAAGAUAAAAAGUACAUCUUGUAUCACUUUGAUGUCACCAGUAAUGUAUUAAGCAUGACUUUAGUAGUGAACGGCUACAAUGAUCCAUUAAUAUUUGAUGAAAUCAAAAUCCUUGGGUUGCCUCUUGAGCCUACAAAUGUGUCAGUGACUUCAAAUGAUCAAACUCAAACUUAUCCUUUCAACGUCAGUUACAAUGCUGCAUAUAAGGUUGCCAGUAUAACAGGUCUUCAGCUUAAAUUAGGAGAAUCACACAAGAUUUCAUGGAACCAAAUCCUAAAAGAAGAUGACAAAUUUGAUUGUCAUCCUGCACCUGACGCAACAGAAGCAAGCUGUAAAGCUCUCGGCUGUAACUGGAAUCCUGUUACUACUGAAGGUGCUCCAUACUGUUACUAUGACCCAAAUGAUGGUUACAGUGUUGAAGAAGUUCAAUACACAUCUUCUGGAUUAAUAGCCAACCUUGGCAAAGGCACUACAUUUGCUACCCAUCCAAAGUUGAGCCUCACAAACAUCGACACACUUCGCUUGGAGGUGAAAUAUCAUGAGAACAACAUGCUACAAUUUAAGAUUUAUGAUUACAGUAACCCAAGAUAUGAGGUUCCAGUGCCACUGAAUCUCCCCAAUACUCCUGCAAGUACCCCUGAGAAUCGUCUCUAUGAUGUGUCAAUUCAAAACAAUCCAUUUGGAAUUCAGGUUGUGCGCAGAAGUACUGGGACAGUCAUUUGGGAUUCCCAGUUACCUGGCUUCGUAUUCAGUGACACAUUCAUUCAGAUUUCAACUCGCCUACCUUCACAAUAUGUGUACGGAUUUGGUGAAACAGAACAUCAGCAGUACCGGCAGAAUAUGAGUUGGCACACUUGGGGAAUGUUUGCAAGGGAUCAGUCUCCUGGAGACAAAUUUAACACUUACGGUGUUCACCCCUUUUACAUGGGCUUAGAAGAGGAUGGAAAUGCUCAUGGAGUUUUCUUGCUGAACAGUAAUGCAAUGGAAGUAAAAUUCCAACCAACUCCUGCUUUGACCUAUCGUACUAUUGGAGGAAUUCUGGACUUCUACAUGGUGUUGGGCCCGACUCCAGAACAAGUGGUUCAAGAGUACACUGCACUCAUUGGACGUCCAGUCAUGCCUCCAUAUUGGGGUUUGGGAUUCCAGCUGUGCCGUUAUGGAUAUGAAAAUGAUACAGAAAUUUCUAAUCUGUAUGACAGCAUGAAGAGAGCUCAAAUCCCUUAUGAUAUACAAUAUGCAGAUAUUGAUUAUAUGGACCGGCAGUUGGACUUCACUCUCAGUCCUGAUUUUGCAAAUCUUCCAGCACUAGUUAACAGAAUGAAAGCAGAUGGAAUGAGAGUUGUCAUCAUUUUGGAUCCAGCCAUCUCCGGAAAUGAAACUGAUUAUUACACACCAUUCACAACAGGUGUUGCGGAGGAUGUCUUCAUUAAAUGGCCCAAUGGCAGCAGUAUUGUGUGGGGAAAGGUGUGGCCAGAUUACCCUAAUGUUACUGUGAAUGCAUCAAAAUCCUGGGAUGAACAAGUGCAGGAAUACAGGGCUUACGCAGCUUUCCCAGAUUUCUUCCGCAACUCUACAGCUCAGUGGUGGAAAAGACAUAUUCAAGAAUUCCACACCAACCCUACCAACCCAGAAAAAAGUAUUAAAUUUGAUGGCCUAUGGAUUGACAUGAAUGAACCAGCCAGCUUUGUCCAUGGUUCAGUUACUGGCUGUGGGGAUGAUCCACUAAAUACCCCUGUAUAUACACCACACAUCCUGGACGGUCUAAUCAACAAAACCUUGUGCAUGCAGAGUCAACAGUUUCUGCCUGAUGGAAGCCCAGUUGCACACUAUAAUGUUCACAAUCUCUAUGGCUGGUCACAAACUAAACCUACAUAUGACGCUCUACACAGUAUCACUGGACAACGUGGUAUGGUCAUCUCUCGUUCAACAUAUCCAUCAAGUGGCAAAUGGGCAGGGCACUGGCUUGGUGACAACUUCUCACGUUGGGACCAGCUUUACAAAUCGAUCAUUGGAAUGAUGGAAUUUAGUCUCUUUGGAAUAUCUUUUACUGGGGCAGAUAUCUGUGGCUUCAAUGAUCAUACCACUUACCAAAUGUGUGCCCGGUGGAUGCAGCUGGGAGCCUUUUAUCCAUAUUCCAGGAAUCACAAUGGCCUAGGAUCUCUGUUGCAAGAUCCUGUAUCCUUUAAUGAAACCUUUGAAGAUAUAUCCAGGAGUGUGCUGAAUAUCAGAUAUACUUUGCUCCCCUACCUCUACACACUGAUGUAUGAAGCCCAUGCUCAUGGUAGCACAGUUAUACGCCCACUACUCCAUGAGUUUACAGAUGAUAAAACAACAUGGAAUAUAUAUGAACAGUUUCUCUGGGGAUCUGCUUUCCUCAUUAGCCCUGUGCUACAAGAAAAUCGGACAGAAGUGGAUGCAUAUUUUCCUGAUGCCCUCUGGUAUGAUUAUUACACAAAUGAAAACAUUGGAAUGAGAAGACAAUAUAAGAACUUACCAGCUCCUCUUGAACAUAUCAACCUUCAUCUCAGAGGUGGCUACAUUUUCCCAUGGCAACUUCCUGCUGCAAAUACAAAAAUCAGCCGAAAAAAUCCAAUGGGCCUUACAGUUGCUUUGGAUGAUAAUGGGGCCGCUCAAGGGCUACUUUACUGGGAUGAUGACACAAUGAUUGAUGCAUAUGAGAAGGGCCUUUACCUCUUGCACACAUUUAAUGCAAGUCAGGAUGCCUUGGAUAUCAGAGUUACCCACCCGGGUUAUUUUGAUCCAAACAACUUAAAAUUUGCUGAAAUUAAAAUCCUAGGAGUCGUAGCCUCCACCACACCUAAAGUUGUAGUUCUUCAGAAUGGUGCAGCGAUCCCAUCCAGUCAUAAUGAGACCUUUGAUAGUGCAACGCAGACCUUGUACAUUACAGGCCUUCAGCUUGCACUUGGACAAGCAUAUACAUUAAGAUGGAGCCAGGACACAGCAGGUACACCGGACAAUGAAAGAUUUAACUGUUAUCCGUACCCAGAACCGACUCAAAGUACUUGUGAAGCUCGUGGCUGCACCUGGGAGGUCACCUCUACUUUUGGUGUGCCAAACUGUUUUUAUCCCAGCAACUAUGGUUACUCCGUCAGUAAUAUUCAAAACUCUGCUCAAGGCUUGACCGCUGAUCUCCAUAGGGACACCAACAUCCCUAAUCCCUACAGUGGUUCUUCACCUAUAGACCUGCUUCGCUUGGAAGUGACCUACCAUUCCAACCACAUGCUACAGUUUAAGAUCUCUGAUCCCAGCCACAAAAGAUACGAAGUUCCAGUACCACUCUUCACACCAAACAGUCCAGAGAGUACAGAUGCUGAUCGGCUUUAUGAAGUGGGAGUUGUGAAUAAUCCAUUUGGCAUACAGAUCAAACGCAAAAAGACAGGGACCAUUGUCUGGAAUUCGCAGGUACCCGGCUUCACCUUUAGUGACAUGUUCAUUCAGAUUGCGACUCGCCUGCCAUCACAAUAUGUAUAUGGAUUUGGAGAAACUGAACAUACACACUUCCGGAGAGACAUGAACUGGGAGACCUGGGGAAUGUUCACAAAAGAUCAACCUCCUGGUUACAAACUGAAUUCAUAUGGCUUCCACCCCUUCUACAUGGGAAUGGAAAAUGACGGAAGUGCUCAUGGAGUUCUUUUGCUCAACAGUAAUGCUAUGGAUGUCACUUUUCAGCCAACACCCGCUCUGACAUAUCGCACUAUCGGAGGAAUUCUGGACUUUUACAUGGUUUUGGGGCCAACUCCGGAAGAAGUGGUUCAAGAAUACACGGCACUGAUUGGACGACCUGUCAUGCCACCCUAUUGGGCACUGGGAUUCCAGCUGUGCCGCUAUGGAUUCAAAAAUACAGCUGAAGUCAGGAGUCUGUAUGAAGAAAUGAGGAAUGCUCAGAUCCCCUAUGAUGUGCAAUAUACCGACAUUGAUUAUAUGGAAAGGAAACUGGACUUCACUCUUGGCCAAAACUUCAGUGACCUUCCUGAGUUUGUUAAUCAAAUAAAAUCAGAGGGCUCGAGGUUCAUCAUCAUCCUGGAUCCUGCUAUAUCAGGCAACGAAACUCAACCAUAUGAAACAUUCCUAAGUGGUGAGCGGGAAAAGGUCUUCAUCACGCUGCCCGGCAGCACAGAGAUUGCAUGGGCAAAGGUGUGGCCAGAUUAUCCCAAUGUAACGGUUGAUGAAAAUGCAAGCUUGGCAAUACAGCUAGAGCGGUACCGAGCUUAUGUUGCUUUCCCAGAUUUCUUCCGAAAUUCCACAUCACAAUGGUGGCAAAGAGAAAUAGAGAAGUAUUAUGCCGAUGUCCUGAAGUUUGAUGGUCUGUGGACUGACAUGAAUGAACCCUCCAACUUUAUUGAUGGAAAUAUUGGUGGUUGCCACAAUGACACAUUAAACCAUCCUCCAUACAUGCCAGAUUUGGUGUUAAGAGAAAAGGGACUGGAUCUUGUGACGAUUUGCAUGGAAGAUGAACAGCAGCUCCCUGACGGGACACCUGUGAGCCACUAUAAUGUGCAUAACCUGUAUGGAUGGUCACAAGCAAAACCUACCUACUACGGUAUGCACAAUGCCACAGGAGAGCGUGGGAUCAUUAUCACCCGUUCAACAUACCCAUCCAGUGGACGAUGGGCAGGACAUUGGCUCGGUGAUAACUAUGCCAGAUGGGACCAGCUUGACAAAUCCAUUAUUGGUAUCAUGGAGUUCAGCCUCUUUGGAAUCUCCUACACCGGUGCUGAUAUCUGUGGCUUCUUCAAUGACACAACCUAUGAAAUGUGUGCCCGAUGGAUGGAGCUUGGAGCAUUUUACACUUUCUCUAGGAAUCAUAAUGUGAUGGGGACUAAGAGGCAAGAUCCUGUAUCCUUCAACUCAACCUUUGAAGAUAUCUCUAGGAAUGUGCUCAACAUCCGAUACAAGCUACUACCCUAUCUCUAUACACUAAUGUAUGAUGCCCAUGCACACGGCAGCACGGUUGCACGUCCUUUGCUGAAUGAGUUUCCGAAUGACACUAACACAUGGGAUGUCUACAGACAAUUUUUGUGGGGCCCAGCGCUGCUGAUCAGUCCUGUGCUAGACCAAGGCGCUGUGACAGUGAGAGCUUAUAUACCAAAUGCACGUUGGUAUGAUUAUCAUACGGAUCAAGUCAUUGCAGUGCGUGAACAGUUCCAAGAGUUGCAAGCACCUUUGGAGCAUAUCAAUCUUCACAUCCGGGGUGGUUACAUCAUCCCCUGGCAAGUGCCUAGUAUUACUACCAAUGCUAGCCGUCUGAAUCCUAUGGGACUCACUGUUGCUUUGGAUGAUGAUGGGAAAGCUCAGGGGCAACUUUACUGGGAUGAUGGGAUUAGUAUUGAUGCAUAUGAGAAUGGUCACUACCUCUUGCACGCAUUUAAUGCUAGCCAGAAUGCCUUGCAUAUCCGUGUUGCCCACCAGGGUUAUUCUGACCCAAACAACUUAAAGUUUGCUGAAAUUAAAAUCCUAGGAGUAGUAGCCUCCAACACAACUAAAGUUGUAGUUCUUCAGAAUGGUGCAGCGAUCCCAUCCAGUCACAAUGAGACCUUUGAUGCUUCAACUCAGGUCUUGCACAUUACUGGCCUUCAGCUUGCACUUGGAGAAGCAUAUACAUUAACUUGGACACAGGACCCAACAAAUAUACCAGACUUUGAAAAAUUUAACUGUUAUCCAUACCCAGAACCAACUCAAAGCACUUGUGAAGCUCGGGGCUGCAUCUGGAAGGUUUCCUCUACUUCUGGUGUACCAAACUGUUUUUAUCCAAGCAACUAUGGUUACUCCAUCAGUAAUAUUCGAAACUCUGCUCAAGGCUUGACCGCUGAUCUCCAUAGGGACACCAACAUCCCUAAUCCCUACAAUGGUUCUUCACCUAUAGACCUGCUUCGCUUGGAAGUGACCUACCAUUCCAACCACAUGCUACAGUUUAAGAUCUCUGAUCCCAGCCACAAAAGAUACGAAGUUCCAGUACCACUCUUCACACCAAACAGUCCAGAGAGUACAGAUGCUGAUCGGCUUUAUGAAGUGGGAGUUGUGAAUAAUCCAUUUGGCAUACAGAUCAAACGCAAAAAGACAGGGACCAUUGUCUGGAAUUCGCAGGUACCCGGCUUCACCUUUAGUGACAUGUUCAUUCAGAUUGCGACUCGCCUGCCAUCACAAUAUGUAUAUGGAUUUGGAGAAACUGAACAUACACACUUCCGGAGAGACAUGAACUGGGAGACCUGGGGAAUGUUCACAAAAGAUCAACCUCCUGGUUACAAACUGAAUUCAUAUGGCUUCCACCCCUUCUACAUGGGAAUGGAAAAUGACGGAAGUGCCCAUGGAGUUCUUUUGCUCAACAGUAAUGCUAUGGAUGUCACUUUUCAGCCAACACCCGCUCUGACAUAUCGCACUAUCGGAGGAAUUCUGGACUUUUACAUGGUUUUGGGGCCAACUCCGGAAGAAGUGGUUCAAGAAUACACGGCACUGAUUGGACGACCUGUCAUGCCACCCUAUUGGGCACUGGGAUUCCAGCUGUGCCGCUAUGGAUUCAAAAAUACAGCUGAAGUCAGGAGUCUGUAUGAAGAAAUGAGGAAUGCUCAGAUCCCCUAUGAUGUGCAAUAUACCGACAUUGAUUAUAUGGAAAGGAAACUGGACUUCACUCUUGGCCAAAACUUCAGUGACCUUCCUGAGUUUGUUAAUCAAAUAAAAUCAGAGGGCUCGAGGUUCAUCAUCAUCCUGGAUCCUGCUAUAUCAGGCAACGAAACUCAACCAUAUGAAACAUUCCUAAGUGGUGAGCGGGAAAAGGUCUUCAUCACGCUGCCCGGCAGCACAGAGAUUGCAUGGGCAAAGGUGUGGCCAGAUUAUCCCAAUGUAACGGUUGAUGAAAAUGCAAGCUUGGCAAUACAGCUAGAGCGGUACCGAGCUUAUGUUGCUUUCCCAGAUUUCUUCCGAAAUUCCACAUCACAAUGGUGGCAAAGAGAAAUAGAGAAGUAUUAUGCCGAUGUCCUGAAGUUUGAUGGUCUGUGGACUGACAUGAAUGAACCCUCCAACUUUAUUGAUGGAAAUAUUGGUGGUUGCCACAAUGACACAUUAAACCAUCCUCCAUACAUGCCAGAUUUGGUGUUAAGAGAAAAGGGACUGGAUCUUGUGACGAUUUGCAUGGAAGAUGAACAGCAGCUCCCUGACGGGACACCUGUGAGCCACUAUAAUGUGCAUAACCUGUAUGGAUGGUCACAAGCAAAACCUACCUACUACGGUAUGCACAAUGCCACAGGAGAGCGUGGGAUCAUUAUCACCCGUUCAACAUACCCAUCCAGUGGACGAUGGGCAGGACAUUGGCUCGGUGAUAACUAUGCCAGAUGGGACCAGCUUGACAAAUCCAUUAUUGGUAUCAUGGAGUUCAGCCUCUUUGGAAUCUCCUACACCGGUGCUGAUAUCUGUGGCUUCUUCAAUGACACAACCUAUGAAAUGUGUGCCCGAUGGAUGGAGCUUGGAGCAUUUUACACUUUCUCUAGGAAUCAUAAUGUGAUGGGGACUAAGAGGCAAGAUCCUGUAUCCUUCAACUCAACCUUUGAAGAUAUCUCUAGGAAUGUGCUCAACAUCCGAUACAAGCUACUACCCUAUCUCUAUACACUAAUGUAUGAUGCCCAUGCACACGGCAGCACGGUUGCACGUCCUUUGCUGAAUGAGUUUCCGAAUGACACUAACACAUGGGAUGUCUACAGACAAUUUUUGUGGGGCCCAGCACUGCUGAUCAGUCCUGUGCUAGACCAAGGCGCUGUGACAGUGAGAGCUUAUAUACCAAAUGCACGUUGGUAUGAUUAUCAUACGGAUCAAGUCAUUGCAGUGCGAGGACAGUUCCAAGAGUUGCAAGCACCUUUGGAGCAUAUCAAUCUUCACAUCCGGGGUGGUUACAUCAUCCCCUGGCAAGUGCCUAGUAUUACUACCAAUGCUAGCCGUCUGAAUCCAAUGGGACUCACUGUUGCUUUGGAUGAUGAUGGGAAAGCUCAGGGGCAACUUUACUGGGAUGAUGGGAUUAGUAUUGAUGCAUAUGAGAAUGGUCACUACCUCUUGCACGCAUUUAAUGCUAGCCAGAAUGCCUUGCAUAUCAGUGUUACCAACCAGGGUUAUUCUGACCCAAACAACUUAAAGUUUGCUGAAAUUAAAAUCCUAGGAGUAGUAGCCUCCAACACAACUAAAGUUGUAGUUCUUCAGAAUGGUACAGCGAUCCCAUCCAGUCAUAAUGAGACCUUUGAUGUUUCAAAUCAGGUCUUGCACAUUACUGGCCUUCAGCUUGCACUUGGAGAAGCAUAUACAUUAACUUGGACACAGGACCCAACAAAUAUACCAGACUUUGAAAAAUUUAACUGUUAUCCAUACCCAGAACCAACUCAAAGCACUUGUGAAGCUCGGGGCUGCAUCUGGAAGGUUGCCGCUACUUCUGGUGUACCAAACUGUUUUUAUCCCAGCAACUAUGGUUACUCCAUCAGUAAUAUUCGAAACUCUGCUCAAGGCUUGACCGCUGAUCUCCAUAGGGACACCAACAUCCCUAAUCCCUACAAUGGUUCUUCACCUAUAGACCUGCUUCUCUUGGAAGUGACCUACCAUUCCAACCACAUGCUACAGUUUAAGAUCUCUGAUCCCGGCCACAAAAGAUACGAAGUUCCAGUACCACUCUUCACACCAAGCAGUCCAGAGAGUACAGAAGCUGAUCGGCUUUAUGAAGUGGGAGUUGUGAAUAAUCCAUUUGGCAUACAGAUCAAACGCAAAAAGACAGGGACCAUUGUCUGGAAUUCACAGGUACCCGGCUUCACCUUUAGUGACAUGUUCAUUCAGAUUGCGACUCGCCUGCCAUCACAAUAUGUAUACGGAUUUGGAGAAACUGAACAUACACACUUCCGGAGGGACAUGAACUGGGAGACCUGGGGAAUGUUCACAAAAGAUCAACCUCCUGGUUACAAACUGAAUUCAUAUGGCUUCCACCCCUUCUACAUGGGAAUGGAAAAUGACGGAAGUGCUCAUGGAGUUCUUUUGCUCAACAGUAAUGCUAUGGAUGUCACCUUCCAGCCAACACCUGCUCUGACAUAUCGCACUAUCGGAGGAAUUCUGGACUUUUACAUGGUUUUGGGGCCAACUCCAGAAGAAGUGGUUCAAGAAUACACUGCACUGAUUGGACGACCUGUCAUGCCACCCUAUUGGGCACUGGGAUUCCAGCUGUGCCGCUAUGGAUACAAAAAUACAGCUGAAGUCAGGAGUCUGUAUGAAGAAAUGAGGAAAGCACAGAUCCCCUAUGAUGUGCAAUAUACAGACAUUGAUUACAUGAAACGGAAGCUGGACUUCACUCUGGGUGAAAACUUCACUGACCUUCCUGCGUUUGUUGAUCAAAUAAAAUCAGAGGGCUCCAGGUUCAUCAUCAUCCUGGAUCCAGCCAUAUCAGGCAAUGAAACUGAACCAUAUGAUACAUUCACCAAUGGAGUGAAGGAGAAUGUCUUCAUCACGUUGCCUGGAAGCACAGAGAUUGCCUGGGCAAAGGUGUGGCCAGAUUAUCCCAAUGUAAUAGUUGAUGAAAAUGCAAGCUUGGAAAUACAACUGCAGCUGUACCGAGCGUACGUUGCUUUCCCAGAUUUCCUCAGAAAUUCCACAUCACAAUGGUGGCAAAGAGAAAUAGAGAAUUAUUAUGCCAAUGUCCUGAAGUUUGAUGGUCUGUGGACUGACAUGAAUGAACCCUCCAACUUCAUUGAUGGAAAUAUUGGUGGCUGCCACAAUCAGACAUUAAACCAUCCUCCAUACAUGCCAGCUUUGGUUUUAAGAGAAAGGGGACUGGAUCUUGUGACGAUUUGCAUGGAAAAUGAACAGCAGCUGCCUGACGGGACACCUGUGAGUCACUACAAUGUGCAUAACCUUUAUGGAUGGUCACAAGCAAAACCUACCUACUAUGGUAUGCGCAAUGCAACAGGAGAACGUGGGAUCAUUAUUACCCGUUCAACUUAUCCAUCCAGUGGACGAUGGGCAGGACAUUGGCUCGGUGAUAACUAUGCAAGAUGGGAUCAGCUUGAUAAAUCCAUUAUUGGUAUCCUGGAGUUCGGUCUCUUUGGAAUCUCCUACAGCGGUGCUGACAUCUGUGGCUUCUUCAAUGACACAACCUAUGAAAUGUGCGCCCGAUGGAUGGAGCUUGGAGCAUUUUACACAUUCUCUAGAAAUCACAAUGUGAUGGGGACUAGGAGGCAAGAUCCUGUGUCAUUUAACUCAACAUUUGAAACUAUAUCUAAAAAUGUGCUCAGCAUACGAUAUAGAUUGCUACCUUAUCUUUACACAUUGAUGCAUAAUGCCCAUGCUACUGGCAGCACAGUUGCACGUCCUUUGCUAAAUGAGUUUCCACAGGACAAAAACACAUGGGAUAUCUACAGACAAUUUCUAUGGGGCCCAGCAUUGCUGAUCAGUCCUGUACUAGACCAAGGUGCUGUGACAGUGAGAGCUUAUUUACCAAAUACACGGUGGUAUGAUUAUCAUUCGGGAAAAGACAUUGGAGUGCGAGCACAGAUCCACGAGUUCCCAGCACCUUUGGAGCAUAUAAAUCUUCACGUCCGGGGUGGUCACAUCAUUCCCUGGCAAGUGCCAGGUAUUACUACCAAUGCCAGCCGUCUGAAUCCGAUGGGACUCACAGUUGCUUUGGAUGAUAACGGGGUUGCCCAAGGUCAACUUUUCUGGGAUGAUGGUGUUAGUAUUGAUACAUAUGAAAAUGGCAACUACUAUUUUGCAACCUUUCAAGUUGCUCAAAAUACCUUGGAUGUUACUGUGGUCAACAACAAUUAUUUAACUGACUCAAUUAAUUUGAGAAUUGGCUAUCUUCAUAUCUGGGGCCUUGCAGCCCCAGUUACAAGUGUUGCUGUUACUUAUAAUGGGAUUGUGGAUCAAAUUACUCCUGUCUAUAAUGCUUCAAGCCAGAUUCUAGAAGUUGAUCUCACCAGCAAAGAUUACCUCAUCUAUAAAUUAAGUCAAGUCAAAUGGACAACAGCCACUUAACCAUCUGUGGGAAAUUAUGCUACAUGAAGACCUCUCCAUAUCUAAUAAGUGCAUUAAUUUAUCAACUUUUUUGUUCAGAGAUGUUAGUGCUAGACAAUAGAAGGACCUGAUAUGACUUUACUGUGGAUAAUAAUUGCAAUAAGGUGCUGCUUUGCUUUAUAAAAACUCUACUUAUUUUGUUAUAUCUGGCAAUUCUGGAAGGCUUGAUCACUAAGUCAAGACAAAACUGAGGAAGGAUGUUUAUUUCACUGGAAAGAGAGUAAUUUUGUAAAAUAGCAGGUAAAUGUUGUUGUUGUUUUUUAAAAAGAUCAAUUAUAAUAGGGCAAUCAGUAUGACAAAAAUCAGAUGUUUUUGCCUGUUUUGCAGAGGAAUUACAAAGUUUGUAUAGUGGCAAAGUGCCUAACAUGAUGGACUACAUAAUUGUUCUUUAUGGUGACAGUUAUACAUCUUCAUAUGCAAAAAUGUGUCAUAAAAUACCAGACAGCUUUAAUUUCUGUAAUUUAUACUGACAUGAAAAUAAAACUCCACUCACAGUG